AUGGUUGGCCCCAUAAGAUAUCGUUCUCAAAAGCUUGCUCCAAAAUUUCAUCCCUAUCUUCGUCUUGAGCGACCCAAAAAUGAGGAGACCUGCGAUGUUGGGAGGCACUCAGUAAAAAGCGACACCGAGGAUAUAGAGAUGACAGACUCUUCAGCAGUACCGGAAAGCCAAGGCAUCGUUGUGAUUCAUACCAUAACAACAGUCAUCGUGCUCGAACAGAAACCCUUGUGGAGACCGCAUAUCUCUGACUUUAAUGCUGCCUUGGGAACUUAUCUGCAUACCCAUAUCUCGAUGACGGAGGCUGCUGACGAAAAUGGUUUAAAGAGACUUACGGUCCUCUGCUACCUUACAAAGGUCUUGUAUUCACCAAUGACGGUACAAAGUGGCUACAUGAUCACCUACAAAUUUAGCAAAAUAUACCGAGUCUGUGCCACAUCCGGAGCCCUGGCACAUUGGCACAAACCUUUCCCCAAGACCGUUGCCAUCAUACGAACCGCCAAGACUGUACAUGAGCAUCCUCUCGAAUGUUGGCUGGGUAUACUAUUCAAGCAGAUUCGGGAAGCUGCCAGGAGUGGUAGCUUGGAUUUCAAAGAUGUUUCGUGGGACGAGCCUGAGGGAACCAAAGAGGCGGGGUCGAUUUUGGGAAGACUCGAAUCAUUGAAAGGACAUUCGUGGGCUGUCGAUUCUAUCUCAUCUGAUGAUUCAUUGAUGUUCAUUCCCAACAUAGAGGAAGUCGAAAUCCACUUGGUCGGUUACCAAUAUGUAUUUCACAAAGUGUCUCCACUUCCAAACUCGGUGAUUGACCGCACUGAUGGCGCGAAAGCUGCUGUGAUACGUAGGCCGGAAUCAAACGCUCAACGUAAAUGCAACACACUAAACACAAACAGCACCGUCAAGAUGCGAAAUGACUUGGAAAGGACGCUGUACAAUCGCGACAGUGGAGACAGACAUAGCAGUUACUACUCUUGUCCUCAAUUCGGUGAUUCCCAUACAAAGUUUAAAUUCCAAACUGAAUUCACGAUAAUCAGGGCAAAGGCUGUACAUGAAUGGCGUCUUGGAUGUUGGCUGGGUACACUGUUCAAGCAGAGUAAAGGAACCGCUAAGAAAUGGUAG